UGGCCGGGCGUGCUCGUGGGGCGCCGCGGGGAGGCGCCGCGGCCGAAGGUCCCGGCGCGGCCACCCGGAACCGGGGCCGGCGACCCAGGCUGGGGCCGGGCCGGGCGGGGCGGGGCGUCAGGCCGUGUCGCGCCCGCCUGGGCUCCCGGGGCCAGGGCCGCCAAAAUGGCGGCGGCGGCGGUGACAGCGUCCCGCGCGGGGCUCGGGGGCCUGGCCGCCGCGUCCGGGGCCGACUAGCGCCUUCCGGGCGCCGCGGCGCCCCCGCCCCGGGCCCUCGGUCCGCCCUCCCGGCGCGCUCAUGAACUCCGUGUCGCCGGCCGCCGCGCAGUACCGGAGCGGGAGCCCGGAGGACGCGCGCCGCCCCGAGGGCCGCAGGCCGCGGGGUCCCCGAGUCCCGGACCCCAACGGCCCGAGGCCCUCUGGAGCCAGCGGCCCCGCCCUUGGCUCGCCCGCGGCCGCCCCUGGGGAGCCGGACGAAGUGGACAAGUUUAAGGCGAAGUUCCUGACGGCCUGGAACAACGUCAAGUACGGUUGGGCAGUCAAAAGCCGGACCAGCUUUAGCAAGAUCUCCAGCGUCCACCUCUGUGGCCGCCGCUACCGCUUCGAGGGCGAGGGUGACAUCCAGCGUUUCCAACGGGACUUCGUGUCCCGCUUGUGGCUCACUUACCGCCGGGACUUCCCGCCCCUCGCUGGAGGCUGUCUGACCUCAGACUGUGGCUGGGGAUGCAUGCUGCGCAGCGGGCAGAUGAUGCUGGCACAGGGCCUGCUGCUGCAUUUCCUGCCCAGGGACUGGACGUGGGCUGAGGGCCCAGGCCUGGGCCCCUCUGAGCCAGCAGGGUUGGCCUCUCCCAACCGUUACCAUGGGCCUGCACGCUGGAUGCCCCCACGCUGGGCCCAAGGCACCCCAGAGCUGGAGCAGGAACGUCGACACCGGCAGAUAGUGUCCUGGUUCGCCGACCACCCCCAGGCUCCCUUUGGGCUACACCGGCUGGUGGAGCUUGGGCAGAGCUCAGGCAAGAAGGCGGGUGACUGGUAUGGGCCAUCUCUGGUGGCACACAUACUCAGGAAAGCUGUGGAGAGCUGCUCAGAGAUCACACGCCUGGUGGUGUAUGUUUCUCAGGACUGCACAGUGUACAAGGCAGACGUGGCACGCCUGGUGGCCAGGCCCGACCCCACAGCUGAGUGGAAGUCUGUGGUCAUCUUGGUGCCAGUACGGCUGGGCGGCGAGACUCUCAACCCCGUGUACGUGCCCUGCGUGAAGGAGCUCCUGCGUUCAGAGCUGUGCCUGGGCAUCAUGGGGGGCAAGCCACGGCAUUCACUGUAUUUCAUCGGCUACCAGGAUGACUUCCUGCUCUACCUGGACCCCCACUACUGCCAGCCCACUGUGGAUGUCAGUCAGGCUGACUUUCCCCUGGAGUCCUUCCACUGCACCUCACCUCGAAAGAUGGCCUUUGCCAAGAUGGACCCGAGCUGUACGGUGGGGUUCUAUGCUGGAGACCAGAAGGAGUUCGAGACACUCUGCUCAGAGCUGACCAGGGUCCUCAGCUCCUCCUCAGCGACUGAGCGCUACCCCAUGUUCACCCUGGCUGAAGGCCAUGCUCAGGACCACAGCCUGGACGACCUCUGCUCCCAGCUCUCCCAGCCAACACUGCGGCUCCCUCGCACGGGGCGGCUCCUCAAAGCCAAACGCCCAAGCUCUGAGGACUUUGUGUUUUUAUAACGCGUGGGGUUGGGGGAGAAGAUGCGCACUAUUUAUUUUUUUAUUUAUGUCAUGCUGGGUGUGGGAGCUUGAAAUCUGGAGGUGAUGGGCCUUUUCCCAUCAACCCCUUGACAACUGCAGCUGAGACCAGUCCAGGAAACCUCUGAACUGGGGCAGAGCCUGUACACCUGCCUCCCGCCAGCUGGGCCUCCUCACAGGGCGAGGAGGGAGGGUUCCCGGACACCCACUCAGGGCCUGACUCAAGUACUGUAGUUUGCACUGGACCACCCGUGCCCCUCACUGGUCCCAAAACCCCUACCCUGCUGAGAUCUGGGGGUGACGGGGGGAACUGUGGCCACCAGGGGCUAAUAAAGCCGUUUAACUUGA